AUGAUGCUAUGUCCAACCCUAGUCACAUGUCAGAAUCUCGAGGAACUCAGCCUUGCCUCUCACUACUGGGACCAAAACACCUUGUCCGACGUGGAUGUGUCGAGCAUGGACAACGUCACCUAUCACCAGUACGAUUUCUUCGACAUGCUCCGAAGAACGAGUCUGCGUGCCCCGCCCGACGAGCGCGUGCUCACCAAGCUGACCAUCCUACGCCUGCAAUUCAGACUCAGGGGACUCGGGUCGCAAUGUAACCCUGAUCCAGACCUGUUGCACGUCUUCCUGAGCCCCACCCUCCGCCACUUGUUCAUUGAUCGAUGUUCCCUUGAUUUCGAUCCGGCAGUCCUGGACAACCUCCGCCGCGCAGACUUCGCGAGAUCAACCCCGCUGGAAACACUUUGGCUGCGAGACGGCUCCCAGUCACUGGAUCUUGUCCGACGCGUUCUGUCACUUCCUCGAGGACUGAAAAACUUCAUCCUUGAAUACUCCACAGACGCACCCGCCUCAUACGGUUACCCCCGGAUCCUCGAAACGGACGACUGGACAGAACUACUUUCUCAGCAAAAAGACACUCUCGAGGAGAUUGCCAUGGACGUCAGUGCCGGGUUCAUAUAUGGGGUCAGUGGUUCUCUGGACCUUCGGGGCAUGAAGAGGCUGCGGCUGUUCGCGGGGGACAUUUUGGAGCUGGCCGAGGACCCAGUCAUGUUGUUGCCGUACGUGCAAAGAAUGUUUAUGUAUCAAUACAAGUCCAAUUUCGCGAGGACCCAGUCCGAGUGGGCCAUCUGGGAUAUGGAGGAGGAUAGGGAUCAAUCGGGAAGUGAAGGGGAUUAUUCUCACCAAGACAUGGAUUCGGACCUGGACGAUAGCGACAUGGAGGAUUUUGAUGAGGACGGGAUUUAUAUUUCCUAG